AUGUGUAUAGUGUUUGUGUGCGAUGAGGAGAGAGUGGUGUCAAGGCACCCGGCAGCAGGGUCAUGCCCUUACUGUGGAGGGAUGAUUCAAGCUAUGGACGUUGAAAGCCAGUGGAGGUUUUGUUUUGUGCCUUUUUAUCUUAAGACUAAGACAAGGUAUUAUUGUACUCUCUGUACCAGACGCCUUGUUCUUCAGUAGUAAUAACUAAUUCUGCUAUCAUAUAUACAAGGAAAAAGUUUAUCGUCUCUUUUCUUUUUCUUUUAGCCCUUUGAUUUUCAUGUAGUUGUAAUUAUCCCCUUUCUAUGUUAUCCGUUUAAGGAAUCAGUGUUUCAAACUGAUGGACUCUUUACAGAACUACAGUUAAAAAAUGAUAAUAGUAAAAACAAAAGGUACACUGAAUUUAAAUGUUGAUCAUUGCAUAAACAUGCCCCGGGUAACAUGCUCGGCAAUUUACGAUUUAAAGAGAACAGUUUAAGUAGUAUUAUAAUAAUUAAAAAAAAUCAUAUUAGGGUUUUCUAUUUGUGUUGAGAAUUGAGCUAAAUUACAGAAACCGUAAUUCGAUUGUAAAGUAUGAGAACAAACUAAAAGAGUGAAGCUUAAAGAAACUACCGGAGUGGUGGUGGGUGAGUGACGAAUUUGCCAAUUUUUCUCCGCCUCUCUUAUAACUUUCUAUCAAAUACACUCUCAUACAAACAUCUUCAACCAUCUUUGUUCUUUGAUUUCUUCAUGUACCCAUUUCCGUAUAUUAUUUCCCUAGCCACUCAAUCACACACCAAAUGAUUGAUGAAAUGACGUUUAGAUAUUUGAAUCGAAUUAUUCAACGAGAAAAGACGAAAUGAGAUGCGAGUGGGGAUUUCUUCAACCUUAUCUUGCAUACUUUCUUUCGUGUACUCUCAAGACUAUCGUGUAAGGGAAACCAAUACUAAUCACAGAAAAAGUGGGUUGCCACAAGUUUGCAAAAUAUUUGUGUGGAGUUGGAUCUAAACUUGCCCAUCAUGCAACAAGUUUAGAUUCGUGCAAAACUUGUAGUAUCCCACAUUAUUGUGUUUGGAAGGGUGACAGAA